CUAUUGUUCCCCUCUAAUUUGACAACUCAUUAUUUUGGUAUUUUCUAUUCACUUCUGUCAAAAGUGCUUGUACAGCGAUAUUGGGUGGUUCGCCGUCGGUGAUAACAUGACGGAAACGAUGAAGGAAUUCGAUCGAAAGGAUUUUCGAACUGACAAGUACGUCAAAGAGCUGGUGCAGGAAUGUGUUGGUGGAUCCGAGCUGCAGCAACGCAAAUCGAAAAUCCACUCCUACUACGACCAGACAUCUUCUGCCCUCAAAAAACAUGUUUACGCCAACUACAUGCAGUUCAUCGAAACUGCAAAGGAAAUCUCCCAUCUCGAGUCGGAAAUGUAUCAGCUUUCACACAUUUUGAUGGAGCAAAGAAAUCUGUUGGGAAAGUUGAGAGACGGCACUGGCGAUAGUAAAAAGGACCUAGGAAGCGAUGAAACCGCAGAAGAGGAUGCCGACGAUACCCAAAGCUUAGUAGCAAUCAAAACGGUGAAGGAAAUGGUGCCUGGCUUUACUGGCAGCCUCGAGAAUAAAACAUUCCUGAACGAAGGGGCUUUAAUAGAACUAGACGCGAACGACUACAGGCCAAUUCAGCGAGUUUUCUUUUACCUAUUCAACGAUAUCCUCAUCGUCUGUAAAGUGAAACACGACAAGAAACUGGAAUUCCUAACACAAUACGAUCCCACGAAAAUCGCAGUGAUUAAUAUAAAGGAUCUCGAUGGCGUCAGAAAUGCUAUAAACAUAAUCACGCCGGACGGUUCGAAGAUAUUACAGUGCGUUACUGUGGCCGCAAAGAAUGAAUGGAUCGAAAAAUUCGAAAUUGCCUUCAAAUUCAACCAAUUGAACAAAACUAAAAAAAUAACCGCAUCAAAAUCGAAACUGAUUGAACGGCAAGCUUCCUCCAUCGACACAAAAUCAAUUACGAGCGACGCAUUAUUGACACCAACUGAGGAAACAGCCUCUGUAUCUGAGAAUUGGGCGCCAGAAUGGUUAGCAACUGCGAGCGAGGAGAUCCAGGCAUUGAUAGCGCAACGUCAUUUUGAGGACGCACUCAGCCUAAUACAAAAAUCUGAAGAAUUCCUUGAGAAAGAUUCAACGUUUUGGAACUCAGCAGAGAUUGCUGGCAAAAUUAAAAACCUGAAGACCGAACUGUCUAACGUCCUCAUCCAUGAACUGUCGAUAUAUCAAAAUCGGAACUUACAAGCUACUCUGCGAUCAACGCGACGUCCGUUGAAAUUAUUGGGCGAAAUGGGUAAAGCACGCCAAGCCUGUGCAACAUUUUUGAAAGUUUGUACCAGUGGAAUUAGAAGCGCUCAGCGGGAAGCAAGGCGGAACAAUUUGGAAGUAUCGGAAUUGUUCUUUUGUGAUCUGGCGGAGGUGGCAACUGAAUUCAUGCGAGCAUUCAAGUCGCAGGCGGCUUGUGUUAGCUGUCUAGUUGUCUGGUGCAACACAGAGCUGCGUUAUUUUGCAAGUCAACUGGUAAAACACUACCUAACGAAAGGUUCACAGCUGGAAGCUGUUGCGAAAUGUGUUGAGGGAGUCCGAGCACCUUGUGCAAAGCUGAACGAGAUCGGCCUGGAUCUAUCUUACCACAUGGAAGGUUUGCUUCGUGGUACACUGGAGCAAAUAAUCGAGGAAUCGCGUGUUCGUAUGCUGGAGACCGUGGGUCGCACAGAAGAUGCCUGGCAACCAUAUAAUCUACAAACGAAAUCUAAUCUGAAAAGUUUACUUCGUGACAUGGAAAUUUUAGGUUUAGAUAUGAGUUCGCAAGUAACUGGCGAUACUUGGAUCAACUUGACACAGUCGACGGUAAACUUUUGUCGCCAUUUUCUCUCCGUAACGGAAAGUUGUGCCUAUCUAGCCAAAAUCGAAACUCUGAAAUUGAAUUCAGAGAUUUUGCUUAAAGAUAUUUUCCUAGCCCAACACGCCAUCAAGCCGAAUCCAGGCAUUACGGUCGAUUUGAAUUUCGUGUCCCGUAACAAGUCCUACUUGGUUGAAGAACUCCUCCCUGUUGCAGUGAAGAAAUUCGAAAAGCUAUCUGGUCGGAAGAAUGAAGUUUUAUCUGAUGUUCACUUGCAGUUACGUGGUCCACCGAAACCCAAACCGCGAAGUGUGUAUCAGACUGACGUGCUUUAACAUAUAUUUCCUGUUAUUUAUUCCGCAUCAAAUAAAUAGCUAUAAGCAACCCCAA